AUGAACGGGGUUUUUUCGAAGGAGAUUCCGAAUGAUCGUCGUCCUCUUUUUCUUCGAAUUGCAAAUAAGGUUGAACAACACGAUCCAUAUUUCAUCCAAAAAACAGAUGUCGUUGGAGUUCUUGGUUUGUCAUUCCUUCAAAAGAUAACAGCUGCUUACAGAAUUCUUGCUUACGGAACACUGACAGAUUCUGUGGAUGAAUACAUCAGAAUUGGAGAAAGCACUGCUAUACUUAGUCUAAGGAGGCUUGUGAAAGCUAUUAUUGCAGUGUUUGGUGACCAUUACUUGAGGCCACCAAACAAUAGCGAUAUUACUCGAUUGUUACAAAUAGGGGAACAACGUGGCUUUCCCGGAAUGUUAGGGAGUAUUGAUUGCAUGCAUUGGAAAUGGAAAAAUUGUUCGACCGCAUGGCAAGGUAUGUAUACUAGUCAUUGUCAUGAACCGACAAUCAUUUUGGAAGCUGUGGCUUCUCAAGAUCUUUGGAUAUGGCAUGCAUUCUUUGGACUUCCUGGUUCGCUGAAUGAUAUCAAUGUUCUAGAUUGGUCCCCUGUUUUUGCAUUAUUAGCAAAUGGUCAUGCUCAUCCAGUAAACUAUACAAUUGAUGGCCAUGAGUAUACAAUGGGAUAUUAUCUAGCUGAUGGUAUUUAUCCAAACCGGUUAACAUUUGCAAAAACAAUUCCCUGCCCACAAGGUUUGAAGAAAAAAUAUUUUGCUAAAGCACAAGAGUCGGCAAGAAAAGAUGUAGAGUGGGCAUUUGGGGUACUUCAAGCCCGUUUUGCAAUCGUGCGUGGGCCAGUACGCUUUUGGGAUGAAGAAACACUUGCAGAUAUUAUGAAAGCGUGCAUAAUAAUGCAUAACAUGGUCAUUGAGGAUGAAUGA